GUCCUCUUCAAACGAAAGCCGGUGCAGUUCCUGCAGCCACCAUACGCCGAAAAUGACCAAGAGGUCUGGCAUAUCCCUCAGACAGGUGAAAUAUUUGUCUCGUACGAAGACUAUUUGACCAGGCUGGACUUCUACAAACAGAAACGAUUCAUAUGUCAGAUCACCGGUCACUCAGGUCUGAAUUUCUUCGAGGCACUGGAGUCAGAGCUCGCUGGCGCCCAGGAAGUCGAGCAAGCUUUCCCCGAACCCCUGAAGGGCCCCAUCCUGCGACGCGUCCAGUUCCAAACAAUAUCCCGAAUCGACAACCUGGUGGACAGACUAUACGAGGAGUUCAAGUCGGACUUCUAUCCUGGCGAGCAUGUCACUGUCUCCGUCCUCACCGGCGAGCGGCUGACUGGCGUCGUGAGGGACAAGGCACGGUUCGGGAGCAAGUGUCUUGCCGACGGCACCAUGAGCCAGCCUUUCUCGCGUUAUUUUGUCAGCCUGGACGACCGGGCAGACGAAGAAGCCGUCGUCGACGACCAUAACAUCUGGCGCGACCGCAAAAUCUUUACCAAGUCGGUCCUGCGAUCCUUCAUCAAGAAGACUGUCACCCGAGAGGCCUGGACGGGGGCCCCUUGGUUGGUGAAAGACCCGAUCGCGAGCCAAUACAAGAUAGAUACGCGCAUUCCGAACCACCUGCGCUGGGAGUACAAGCUUAACGAGCGCAAGCUGGCGCAGUCACAAAAACGCAUGUCCAGCCAGACGGCUCUUUCUGCCCAAGACGCAGCUGCACUGGCCAAUGGCUUUCAAGGGCCAGUUCGGCUGCCGGAACUCAAGCCCGCGAGCAAGCUCCCCAAGGUUCCAAAGGGUCAGGGUCAGAAUGGUGAGGCGGGUCAGGGAGGCAAGGGCCACAAGAACGUCUUUACGAAAUCAGAGGGUGGCCAAUUCAUGCACCUGCCCCUGCCUGGCAAUCCGUUCCAGUUCCCUCUAUCCUUUCGCAACAACCAGCUGGCGCAAAUGCCACCCGUCCUUGCACAGCCGGAACCACCCCCACCACCUCCGCCACCAAAGUACCCGAUUGAGGAUCUUAGUCUUGAACCGGGGCGCUUGGUCAGGCCUCCAAUCAAGUUCAUGUGCAAAGAUCCGCCCGUGGAGGUCGACAGCAAGCCAGCCACUGGCAAGGACAUCCUCAUGAAAUCUGUUGGGCCGUUCCUGGAGACCUGGGACACACUUAACGUUUAUUGCGAGAUAUUCCAGCUCGACUCCUUCACGUUUGACGACUUUGUGGAGGCGAUGCGGGUCGCCUCCGAGGACGUCAAGGUCCAAUUGUUUGAUGAGAUUCACUGCGCUGUUCUCAAGGUCCUGGUACAUUCGGAAGCGGAUGGUGGUAAGGUCCAAUUCCGCCUCCCUGAGAUCGAGCAGGAGGAAGACAGUGAGGAAGAGGAAGAUGAGGAGGAGGAGGAGGAGGAAGAGGAAGACCGGGAGCCGACGCCACAGCCCACGGCGCGGGCGACCAGGAGCAGUUUGGCGAAGCUAGAAGCCGAGAGGUUGAAGGCUGAGGCUGAGGCAGCAGAGAGAGAGGAGAGGGAACUCGAGAAUGCGCCAAAGCACCGCGCUGAAGAAGUUCUCGCCGACUACGACUGGAUCGACCAGCUCAGGAAGAGAAAAUUCAGGGAUGGCGGAUGGGAGGCAAUCAUGGUCGGGCUGAUGCAUCAGCUCUCUAAGGAUGAGCGGCAGAAGGCAGUCUGCGAGGAGCUGCUCAUCCAACUGGUGCCUCGGGAUGUUGAGCCUACCCUGGAGACGAUUCGGCAGCAUUACGCAGCUCUUGAUGUCAACUACCGCAUCCAGGCUCUUCAGAUCCUCUGUAUGUUGACCAUCGAGACCAAGGCUAUCCGACGAUACAUGGAGGACUGCAGCGAGCACAUGACAUCGUAUCGCAAAGACAAGAUUGACUGGCAGCGGCAGCGCAAGCAAGCUAUUGAGGAGCUGAAGGCUCUCAACGAAGAGCGCAAGAUCCAGUUGCCCGACAACCUCCCACCCUCGCCUCCCCGUAACCCGGGUCUGGAUACGAAUGGCGAUGUAAAGAUGGACGAAGCGGCCGAGUUGACCCCCAACGACGAGGAGAACGCCGACACAGAGGACGAAGUACCGCGAAGUGUCGGCCGUGGUCUCAGGCGCGGACUGGACCGAGCUGCAGAGCGACAGCGCCAAAAGGAGAAGGAGGAAGAGCGCAGGAAGGAGAUCGAGGCCGCCAAAGCAAUCCCCAAGCAGUCGAAGCAGUUCCUGAAGCUUUUGAAGGACAUCCAAAAGAAGGAAGACCUCAUCAAAAAGUGUGAAGACGAAAUCGGGAUCAUCGACAACGACCUGAGAGAGGCAGACUGCGCGCGCACAAGAGUGCUGGGCAAAGAUCGGUUUUGGAAUCGCUACUAUUGGUUUGAGCGCAACGGGAUGCCUUACGCCGGGCUGCCAAACAGUUCCACAGCAGACGCUGGUUAUGCCAACGGCUGUAUCUGGGUACAGGGACCAGACGAUCUAGAGCGCGAGGGAUACAUCGACCUAGCUCCCGAUCUGCAGAACAACUACAAGGCUCAGUUUGACAUGACGGUACCAGAGCGGAAGGCGAAAGAAGAAGGCCCGACCAGAGUUUACACUGCGUGGCAGUGGGGUUACAUUGAUGAUCCAAAAGAUGUCAAGAAGCUCAUCGAUUGGCUUGACCCCCGGGGCUUCAACGAGCUGAAGUUACGCAAAGAGCUGGUCAACUUCAGCGACAAGAUUCUCAGGCAUAUGGAAAACCGUCAAAAACACCUCGGCCUCGGUGAAGAGCAGCAAAAGGAGAAGGACACCGAGGAGACCAAUGGCGUGAAUGGCAAGACAACUGCUGCAACUAGCAAGCGAAUGACGACUAGGAUGCGGAAGUCGCCCACUCCAGAACAGCCGCAGUACCGGUGUCUGCAGUGGGAGAAUACCACUGCCAUCGAGGAGCUGGGUCACUUGCACAGUGCACCGCCAGCCCCUGCGCCACCCAAG